AUGGCUGCCAAAGCUACCGCGAUCGGAUCCGCAUCAUGGAUAUCCGCCGAGAAGGAGAACGCUCUACAGUUACUGCAGAAUGAGAAGGAAGAGGUGGUGUUCCCAGCACAACAUCAGCUUGAAUGGCUCAAUGAACAUAUGGCGGAGAUCUUCAGCAAGAGCAAUGUUGAUGUGUCGAAUGUCUUCAAAACCCCUGGCAAGCUGCGGGGCAAGACACCCCGGACCGGCAGGAAACGAAAUGCUCAAGAUGCACGAAUACCGUUGAGUGAUGUUUUUUCGUCGAAGCCGCCUAUGCGGCAGGGCCCUCAGAAGCAAGCAGACACAAGCAAACCGCUCUUUGAGAUCGCCCGUGACGAAGAUGUUCGGCAAACCCAUAAAUCUCAAGUUGAUUCGGGGUACCAUGAUUCGAUCGAGAAUGAAACAGAUUCCGCUGUGCAAAUGCAAGGCUCACAGGACUUCGAAGUGGCACAGAAACAGCAUUCGGCUUCGAUAUCUACAACACAUGAUGAAGGUUUAGACGGGGCGCAAGACAUAGAGCAUAGGACGACGGAGGGCUCGUUCCAUUCUGCCGAAGAGGACCAUGCUACCAAGGUUGUCGAUACAUUUCCUGACGCCGCAGCUGCCCAAUCCAUGGCCCAGGAGAGUGCCCCGAACAGCCAGCGCAGUGCCCAAACCGGUACCCUGGCUCAGGGACAAGCUGUCGCUCAGAACGACUUCGACCAGGACAUGAGCUCUCCAUCAGGCGACUCAAGCCCGGAGAGACCCCUGGUAAGGAAGAGUAGUCUGACCUUUGCUGCACUUCCUGCGCGCGCACCAAUGAAGCCCAGCAUUGGCGCCCGACCAUCACGAACAAGUCACGUUGAUAUGCAGCAGCAGCUUGGCUCCUACGGCGCGCGGCAGGCGUUAGCAUUGACCCAGCCGGGGCCGAGCAAUGGCCCAAAUGUUGCCAAGGAUACCAUUAUGAGCGAUGAUGACGAUGACGAGAAUAUCAAGAUACACCAAGAUACUGCAUCUCCUGAGGACAGACAGGCAUCUGCAAUGCAUUCGAAGUCGUCGACACAACGCUUGCACGAGAAGAUAGAUAUGCUUGGAAAGGCUCCCCAACCACGCCCAUCUAAAUCGAUACCGUCUGCCGCGAUGCUAUUUACAAAUGACCAGAGAGACGUUCAAGGAACAAUUGAACGACCGGGUAACCAGGGCCCCUUGGUCCACGAUGAUGAAGAUGACUGGAUCAUGCCGUUGAACUCUCCGAAGUCUACCAUGUCAUCGCCGCCACCGAGCGGCGCUGCGAAUAACGAGGAUGAUUCUGACGAGGAAGAUGAAUUUGAUAUCCGCGCUCCCGAACUUAUAGCACAUGAAGCAAGAAUGAAAACGCCUGUUCGGAUGUCUCCGAGCCCGGCCAAAAUGAGGCCCGGGUAUGGACAUGCGAAAUCAGCCUCGACAGCAACUCUGGCCUCACCUGCAAAGGCAGCAAUGGCACCGCCCGCAAGCCCCGCUAAAUCGAUAUCAGUGUCUAACCCGCACGCAACGACGACGCCUCAGGGGUCUCCAAAGCGCCAUCUCGAUCUUAGCGCUUCAAAAUCGAAGUUACAAUCGAUCAUGAAGACCGCAAAAGGUCUAUUCACAACGAGCGCAAGCGCGUCUGCGGCAGCAAAGCUGGAAACUCUUUCCCCCAACGCUGUAAAUGCCGCGGCCAAUCUCAUGCCGGGGAUGUAUCCCAAUUUGGGUGCAUUGGCUCAGGACAAACCCCUUCCUGCCAGUCCCGCGAAAGAAGUGAGGAGAACGCGCAGCUCCACAGAGAGGGAGAAACGAAAGGAGAAAGAGGCCCAGAUCAUGCAUAAGAUGGAUGAGCAACUCGAGAAAGCACGGGAAAAGGAACGCCGGAAGAUGGGCGAACACCGGAGGUUGCAGGAGCAGCCGCCUGUCUCGAACAGUAUGGAACAGCCGACCCACCCGAGUCCCAAACGCGUGCCUGACGAGUCAAUGCAACAAGAGCCGCCAGCGUACAACGCUUUAGCUGCGAAACCAGCACGACCGGGCCGGCCGACAAGAGAGCCCCCAGUCAACAAAGCGAAGCCAGCGCCUGUGUCCAUUCGAGUGCCAACAAACUCCCAACGAAUGCCGGCCAACCCUUCACACACUGCCUCAAAUGCCCAAGAGAUGCUGCCCGCCGAUCCAAAACGCCCAGGGCUAACGAAAAAGACCAGCACAGCAUCCCUACAGUCAAGCACCGGCCUUAAAGCAUCGGUGCAUGGUCAGCCGCCCAAACCACGGGCCCUACUCGCCGCAGAACGUAAGAAGGAGCAAGAUGAACGUGAGGCCCAACGGAAGCUCGAACAGAAGCGGGAAAUCGAACGCAAGCGAGCUGCACAGCAAGAAGAGGCGCGCAAGCAAGAGCAAAAGCAACGUGCGGGGGCGGAAAAGCGAGAACGAGAACGCGUGGCAGCAGAGCAAGCUAGAAGACAGGCUCAACAACAAGCCAUUGAACGGAAACGCCAGGAGGCGGCCAGAAAGGCUGAGCAGCAGCGCCUGGACCGUGCCGCCAACGAAGCUGCUCGUCCGUCUUCACGCCUUACUGGACAACCUGCUGGCCGUUCCUUGAUCAACCACCCACUGCCUACAAACCCGGCCAAACCGGCCAAAAGACCGUUGGAAGAAGACAUUGGCUCCCGAUCCCAAGCUGCUAAAUACGGCAUGGGCCCUCCUCAAGGUGACGCCAAGCGACGUAAGACAGGAGAAGAUGAAGGUACGGCGGAGCCCGCGUUCCGGCCUGUAGUCUCGGGAGCCCCUAUUCGUCAAUCGCACCUGGGUAAGAAGCCGUCCAUCUUCAACCAUAGUUCGUACGCGCAAGCCCCGCCACCUGCCAGCCUUGGACAUCUUCCACCACCCCCGAGUCGUGCGGCGCCUCCUCAGAUGCAGCAAUAUGCCAAUGGUGCCAAGAUUCCUUUUGCCGAUGCCCCCAAUCCUCCAACACAUGCAAAGACCCCAGUGUCAAUGAUGCAGCAAAAGACAGUCCAAACGGUCAAGUCAUCACCUCAGUAUGUCAACGGGGAAGCCAUCAACUUACCUGAAAUCCCGACCGAUUCGGAAGAUGAGGAUUCAGAUGAGGACGGCAACGCGUUCCCUAUCCCGGAUUGGGCAACACCAGGCCACCUUACAGAACAGCUCAUUCGGCAAGAAGAAAUUGAUGGAGAUGCUGUGUUCGGACCAAUUGCGCCACUCAAGAUGGAAGAGAUAUUCGCCAAGGGCAAUAAGGAUCGGUUAAAGCGGCUACGAGACCGUACCAGCAGCGCCAAUUGGGCUUUAAGCGGUGAUGGAUUGACUCUUGAAGAGGUUCGAGCAGACCGCGAGCAACGACAACGGUUGAGGUUGGAGGGCGGGUGGAGGUUCGGGCAUUGA